UUAUAUAUAGAUUUAAAUAUUAUAUUAAAAUAUAUAAUAUUUAUAUAUUUAUAUAUAAAUAUAAAAAUACAAAAUACAUUUAAAGUUUCAGCAACCUGCAGCUGUCUUAUCUACACAGCAGUGAGUGAAACCAGAGGGUUCUCAUGUUCAGUUUUGAACAGAAGUUUUAACAUCCCUGGAAUAUUGGAAUUAGUAGCCAAAAGCCCCUUUGCUUAUGCAUUAACUGGAGUGGUUUUUAGACAGAGCUACAAGUAUCACAAUAUUUUCCUUGUGCCAGCCUGUGUGAGAGGAAAUCAUUGCACUGAGCAGCUCAGCCAUGCCACCAGAGACUGGCACACGCACCCAGAAAUUUGUCAGGUACAAACUCUGACAAAAAACACAACUAAAAACCAGCCCCAACGCUUGGCAGUGGGCGAGCAGUUGACUUUGCCAUUUGACUGCUGGAUUUCACAGGUCCUGAGCAAACACAGAGCCACGACAAUCAGUCCUGCCUGCAGUGACUCUUUCCCUCUCCAGGACCUGUACGUUUGGCUGUCGAUUAUAGACAAGCUUUGGCAGGUUCCUGUGGCAAACGAGCUUGGAGUUCGUUCAGUCCCGCCUUCAGAAAGGAGACUCGUGAAGGACAAAAAUUUAAAUAAAAAUGAAGAGGGGGGAGGAAAAAAGAAAAAGAGCAAGAAUAUUAAAGCUGUGAAGGGCAUGCAAUAAAAAAGUCAGUCUCCAAAAAACGAGCAAAAUUAUUUCUUAAGCUUUGCUACCCCCUGCGUACAGUCAGUUCUGCUGCCCACGAGUCACUUCUACAAAACUUAAAAUAUCCUCAGUGUUAACUCAGCCAUUCUGACCCCACGCUGCAAAAGGAACAGCCACCAGAGCCGAGAGCAAAACUUGGUUGUUGGAGGGCACGGAGCGACGGGAGCUGCCUUCGAUAGGAGAUGCUGAGGUAAUGCUCAAUGAGAGCGGUGGACGCAAACAAAUGAAUUGUAGCUGCAGGCUGCAGUAAUAUCAGGUGCAUCUCUACACCCCGAGGGCUCAACUCCUACACGCUCAGGUCCCUCCCCUGGAACAGCCUCCUGCAGUUUCACUCAGGGCUCAGGCAGAGAACAGGUACUGCUCUCCCAGCAGUGACAGCUCCAGCGCAGCGCCCGCCCGGCGGCUCUCGGACACCCCAGUGCCCGUUCCUGCACUACCAGUGGCAAAAGCCUCCUUUCCCGGCACCCUCUUCCCUGAGACACCACAGGAGCUGCUUCUCCUCAGCUGGGAAGAAGGACUCUAGAAACCUGAAAAACCGGAAACAUCACGAGGCUAAAACCGAGGGAAGCCAACCACAAGAAAGUUUUUAUAAAGAACCAUUACAUUUAAUUGUUCAAAGCAGAAAAAAAAAUGAGUCUCCUCAAAGAACGUAAACCCAAGAAGCCUCAUUACAUCCCAAGACCACCAGGAAAGCCGUUCAAGUACAAGUGCUUCCAGUGCCCCUUCACUUGCAACGAGAAAUCCCAUCUCUUUAACCACAUGAAGUAUGGCCUCUGCAAAAACUCCAUCACUUUGGUGUCGGAGCAGGAUCGUGUCAUCAAGUGUCCCAAGGGCAGCUCCCUGGAGCCCAAGCAGAUCAACCAGCUGGAAUCUACCGUCAAAGCAACUUCUUCUAAAUCUGUCACAAACGGACUGCCAAGCCUCGAUUCAAAGCCUCAAUAUCCUUUUACAAAAGAAGAUGCCAAGGAAAAUGUUGAGUUACAAAAUCAGGCGACAAACGCCGCAAUUCAAGGACAGAAACCUGCGCUUCCCAAGGAAUUAAGCCCUGCCAGCUCUGCAGCAGAAGGUGCCAUCAGCGUGCAGCCCCUGAUGGAGGGCAUGGUCAGGCCCUCAGCCUUUGUUCCCGUCGGAGAACACAGAGACAGCAAAGGCCCAGAAAUCACUGAGGCAUCUGAAAUCCUCUCCCUCUCUAACAAAAGCUCUCCUUUUCACACCAAGUCUGCGUUUCACGCACCAGCUCACCCGUGGAAGGCAGGUUCUUUCCUCCCAGAAUUUCCACAUAAAGUUGCUCCCACAAAAGGCUUUGGUUCCAUUUCACCUUACAUGCAACCAAUGAUUCCCGAGUACUCACCCCAUUUCUAUGAGCACCGGCUGGCUAUCUACACACCUUACCUGCUCCCAGGCAGCUCAGAGUGUGAAAGCUCUGCUCUCUCUGUCUAUGGAACACAAGACCAAAGACACUUUCUUCCCCACCCUGGGCCACUUCCAAAACCCCUAAAUCCAUCAGCAUAUGAACACUAUCGAUUGUUCCAACAAUACCACUCCACUCCACCAAUACCAUAUGGAUUUUGUAGGCCAACAGAUCCUCCAUUUUACAGAUUUUCACACGUAGCUGGUAUUAACAGGGAUCAAAACUCUCAUCUGAUGGAAGAAACUACCUUGCUGUACCCAGCUUCUUUAAGCCCAUCCCAACAAUACCCUCUAAGCUCACAUAAAAAACAAGCAGAUUAUGAAAAAGAAAUGACAUUAUUGCAUGCCAAAGGCAACGCUAAGGAUGACCAAAAUGAAAGAGAGAAUGCCAAAAUGAGCCCUCUCGCAGGAAGCGCAGCAACAGGCUCCCCUGGCAGACCCAGCCCCACCAACUUCACCCAGACAAGCCACACAUGUGAGGGUUUGUUUGACCUCUCCAACAAGUCAUCAUCCACAUCCCUGGGCAAGUAUGACCAAGCAGAAGAAAACUUCACAGCCUUCAGACCUGUGAGAAAAAGCACGGACCAAGCGCCUUCCCUGCAAGGCGUGCAGGCACAGCAGGAGAGAGGGGAUUCACCCAACAGCAUCAAUGUCACUGAUGAAGACUCACACACACAGACUGAUGGCCAGAACAACACGGGCUCACUGUCCAACACGGAAGAAGACACAGGGAUAGGUCCCCUCAAUCUUUCAAAAAAGCCCGACGCAAGCACAGGACCUACUCACGAGCACAUGUACAAAACCCCAUCCAAAACAGACAGGCAGAGCUUCCUGGAAAUGCAGGACGUGCCCCUAAACCUCUCAGUGAAGGAUUCCUGUAACACAUCCACCCUGAAAACAUCUUUCCACAGCCCAUCCCACGAUAACAACGCCGCCGCCGCUCCUCCGAGCGCCGAGAAGGAGAGCUCCGGAGCGGAGCCGUGCGUCCCCAAGACCCCCAGCAGCAGCGCCUGCGACAAACCCUCGGCGGCCCAGCGUGGUGAGGCUGCAGACUUGGGGCUCAUGGAGAGCUGUGACGAGCAGAAGCAGACGGCGGCCGUGGCUCUGUGCCAGCUGGCUGCCUACAGCCCCGGCACGGCCCGGCUGGACGGCGACGGGCACGGCGCGCAGGACGGGCACGGCGCGCCCGCGGAGCCCGCCGCCGAUGCUCAGGAUACUCAGUGCAACCCAAAGGGGAAAGGACAAAAAAGGACAAACCAAAAAGAAUCCACGAAAUCCCAGCAAGGUGCUAAGAGGGUCAGGCCCAAUGACUGCAGCAGAGUCUUCACUUUAAGGAAGAGAACAAGAGUGUCCUAAUUCUCCUCCUUUCAGUGAGUUUCUGGUUACCAGCAUCAUCGUGAAGUUUCUACAAACCCUCAUUCAUUGGGCUUGGCCCACGACAAGAUACAUUCAAUCUCUCCAUUGUAAAUAAUGUUCAUAAUUUUAUAUUAAUAUUUUUAAGUAAUUGAACUUUGCCUUGUACAAGCUCAGGUUUUGAUGAGUGAAUUUUUGCAUUCGUUACUAAAGCCAAAGUUAAUUAGAUGAAUCUUCAAGGGGUUUUUGCAAUUGUAUGAUGUAAAAUAACUUUUACAACUUCUUUUCUUAAAAGACAUUUAAGCUCUAGAAACAAUAUUGCUCAGUAACAUACUGUCAUAGUCUUUUUUCAGCCUUAACUUCAUCUAAUAGGAGGGGGUUUGGGUCUUCUUUUUUCCUUUGAAAACUUUUUUAUGUCACUGUGCAGUAGUUUAAACAAGCUUAAGAUUAAAACUGCCUUUUUAGAAUAUACUGUAAAAGCUGCUCUGUGUAUCUGUCUGUCUGCACUUUGCCAUGCUGCCCUAAGAGAGAACAACAGACCAAAUUUAGUUACUUAGAGGCAGAGGCCACUUUAAAUAAACUGCCCCAAACCCUGUGUAAGGAACCUCUUCUUGCACUGACUGAGACCAAGAUCCGAGUCAAACCAAAGAAAGCCUGCACAGGUUUAACAAAUGCAGUUUAUGUUCAACUUUAAGUAAAUAGCUAUGAAAACAACACUGAAAAUAUGAAGAACUAAGCAAUCCAGGUGCCUGCUUUGCUGAGGUUAGACAGACACUGGGCAGCCUUCAAACUCCAGGCCUAAAAAGUUAUUUAUAUAAUUUAUUUCACCUGAGGCAAACUCUCCUGGUGAAGGUCUUGUUUCAGUACAUGUGUUAUCACUCACUAUCAGUUUCUGUGUCCUUCUACAUACAGCCAUAAAAUAUUUCCUACUUCUAUAUCUGUGUAUAUAAACUGGCAAUUUUUCAAAUAAAUCUUAUGAUCUGUACUUAAAAUAUAUGGAAAGUCAUUAAUGAACACAAAUACAUUCACUACACUAUCUGCAUUGAAGAACAGCUGGCAAGAAGUUGUUGGUUAAAUUUUCAAUUGGCAAGCAGAAUUUUGGGACCAUAUCAAUUCCAAACACUUCCAAAGAAAAGAGCUUUCUUCAGUGAUAGAAAUUCACUACACAGUUAAUUCAUCCUUACUUUUAAUUAUCAAUAAUGAAGCUCAGAAUUCCCCCAGCCUUAAAGCUGCUGUGCAGCUUGUCCAAACUGCUGCAAAAGUUCAACUAAAAUAAGGCUGAUCCCUGUGUGAAUUUGCACAGUGUAAGGAGAACAAACCCAGAACAAGCAUUAUUCCCAUCAAACCACGGGUAUACAUUUCUCACUGGUCAUUCCUCAGGUUAGAGGCAUCCUCACCUGCCUGAACAUCACUAAGAGGUGUAAACCUACUUAAGGAAGUGGAGCUGCAUUCAACAUAAUGCAGAAUUGCCAGAAUUUUUUUAACUCGUGUUUUGUGCUGUGCUGCUUUGAGCCAGCAACUCAGACAGAGCAUUGUAACAAAUUGAGUAAUUAAACAGUAAAUGACAGAACUUCAGUUUCUGAGGUAAGGAACAAAAAGAGAUACACUGAUCUUUAAUUUAAUCCUUCAUAGAGAAAAGCUUCUCUCACAUUAUCAAAAGGCAAGAAUAUCCAUGUGAUUUUGAAAAAAGGCAAUGCAGUAACAGAAGAAGCCAAAUUAACUGAAAUCACAACAGCGGGGCAUAAGUCAGUGUGAGGUACUGAGCUGUACAUCAGCACGUGAUCAAAGAGAAAGAGCUGCUUUCCAGUCCAAGAUUAAAGCUUCAAUCUUAGGGUCAGAUGCUGCUAAAUCCCUAAUUUCCAAACAUGAAAUUACAGAGUCGUGUGUCACCACUGGCACUCUUCACACUCCACCGUAAGCUACAUGCCUCACUCACCUGUGAAAGCUUCAGUUACUAUUAUCCACAAUUCGAAACAAAACAUCUCAUCUAUCUCUUUACUUGGCAAUUUGAAUUUCUUUCAAGUGAACAAAGAAAAACUUUUUGGUGUUUCUUCCAUAGAAUUCAAGGAUUUAUUCUCCCCCAUCUCCAUACAAAUAUUAUUUAUAAAAGCCAGCUCUAGUGGUGAUCUGAUCUGCCUUCUUCAAAUUAAAUAAAAGUCUGGCGUGAGGUUAUCCAGAUUCCCUGACACAGGUGGACAGUUUUGGUUUUGUCAGAACUGAAGACAGAUUUACCUAUGGAGGAUUUCCCUUUCAUGAUCCCCCAGCUGUAAGAUGGAAGGUUUUUAACUGUUUCACCUUUAUCAUGCAAGGGCAAAAGUAAUGAAAAAAGGGAAACCAACUGAAGCCCACUGUACAAACUUUCUCACAUGCAGCAGAUCUAGAAUGGACAUGAACUCCUUCCAUGGAGACAGAGUAAUAAACUGGAUUAAAUGCCACAUUUUACAGCACAUCUUCAAAUUAGACAAGAUUAUCACCCUGACUUACUGGUACGAAACACCAACUUUGAAACAUUUUUAAAAUUUAGUGUUCAAUUCUCUGUUCAACACGGAAGCACCAGAUGGGAUCCAAAGAACCAUCUAGAACAAGACACUGCUGUAAAAGCACCCAAGGGUGGGUGUCAACUGCCACACUGUGCUUUUGUCAUUCCCACUGUGUAUGGCAUUGACCAAAAUUACAUUAAUAUCUCUGUAAUUCAAUGCAUGUUGAUAACUACAGAACACACAAAGAAGCAAUUCCUCUGCCCUGUUCUUUUUCUUUCCAUCCUGCUAUUUCAAAAACCCAUUUAAAACAUAAACAGUUCAUGUAUAAAUUACAUGAACCUGGCCUUUGAAAUUUAACCAUAAACAAACAGCAGAAGUUACUGGCUUCAAAGUGCAAGUUAGUCAUCAAUUAUUUAAUAUAUUCUGCUUAAAUAAUGACACUGACACAAUAUGGAGACAUGCAGAAUUGUUUUAUACAAGUGUACAAAGAAACAUGGGAGAGAAGAAGAAAGAAGAAAACCCCAAGAAAUUAAUUCCAUUUUGGAAAGAAAUAUUUAUUAAGUAUAAAAAAAGGCACACCCAAGCCAAUGCUUUAGACAGAAGUACUUAAAUAUCCCCAUGGGCAAAUGUUUUACUGUAGAACUCAGUGGUUCAGUCAUCACCCAGCACACACACAUCAGCAAAUCCCAGUCUAUUGCCACACAUUUGGUGCCUAAUAAUAUAAAUUAUUUCAUGAACUUACAGUCAGCAAGU